AUGGUAAUAAAUCUUUGUCUCCCACAGUUCAGACCAAGAAUUUACUGCAACAAGAUAUCAGCUGAUGGCUAUGAAGUAGAAAAUCUCAUCUCUGAAGACCUGACAAAGAGAAGUCAUGGUUUUAGGACAGAGUAUUUCAUUAAGCCACCGGUCUAUGUGACAGUUUCCUUUCCCUUCAAUGUGGAAAUCUGUAGGAUUAACAUAGAUCUCUCAGCUGGGGGAGGCCAGAAUGUCACUGGCCUGGAAAUGUACACAUCUGCCUUAUCCAGCAGAGCGUCUUGGAAUACCCCUGAGUGCCGGACCCCAGAUGAGCCAUCCAUUCCGGACAAGGAAGCAUUCACUUUGGUGGGCAAAGUCUUGUUGAAAAACCAGAGCCAAGUGGUAUUUAGCCACAGGGGCUUCAAGGCCAGGCCCCCUUUUGGCCCAAUGGAAGCCACACUCCCCUCCCCUGCUGUUGUGGCCCAAGAACUCUGGAAUAAAGGGACUCUUUCUCUUAGUCACGUGGCCCAUCUCAAGAUCUGUAUCACCCAUGUGACAGGUGGUGGUGUCCCUUGUAUCAAGCGGUUAGAGGUAUGGGGUCAGCCAGCCAAAACCUGCUCUCAGGAAGUGAUAGACAGUGUCCUGCUGGUUGCCUCAGAGAGUCUCCCUCAGGACUUGUCUUUACAGGCUCCAGCAUUGCCCAUGGAGAGUGACUGUGAUUCUGGGGGCCAGUCUGAGGGCCAGCAGGCCCCCUCUAGCCUACAGGAGCUGGCUGAGGUAAUUCAGGAUAUACCUGAAGAGUUCUUAGAUCCCAUCACCCUGGAGAUCAUGCCUUUCCCCAUGCUACUGCCCUCAGGCAAGGUCAUUGACCAGAGCACGCUGGAGAAGUGUAACCGCAGUGAAGCCACAUGGGGCCGAGUGCCCAGUGACCCUUUCACAGGAGUAGCCUUUACUCCACACUCCCAGCCCUUGCCUCACCCUUCCUUGAAGGCACGGAUCGACCAUUUCCUGCUCCAGCACUCCAUCCCUGGCUGCCAGCUGCUCGGGAGAGCACAGACUGCAUUGGCAGUGGCCCCUUCUUCCAUUGCUCUGCCCUCUCGGAAAAGGAAGAUGGAGCAGGCCGAACAUGGCCCAGACAGUAGCCUUGGCUUAAAUGCUUCCUGUUUUUCUACCACAAGCCUUCUGGUCUCACCCUCUACCUCAGAGCACACUGCUAAGAAAAUGAAAGCUGCCAGUGAGCUCAUGGAUUGUUCAACAGGCCCAGUGUCCCAUGAGCAAAAACUGUCACAAAGCUUGGAAAUUGCCUUGACAUCAACCCUUGGCUCCAUGCCCUCCUUCACAGCUCGGCUGACCAGGGGACAGCUCCAGCACCUCAGCACAAGAGGGAACAAUACUUCCUGGAGGCCCAGCACCAGCUCAGAGCAGUCUGGGAGCAGCCUGGGCCCUGAAUGCACAUCCUGCAAAAGAGUGUUCUCCCCCUACUUCAGAAGGGAGUCUGCGUACCAGCUUCCCUGUGGCCAUCUCCUGUGCCGGCCCUGCCUGGGCGAGAAGCAGCGCUCCCCAGCCGUGACGUGCACAGCCUGCCAGCAGCCGUUCGCCAGCCAGGACGUUCUGCGGGUUCACUUCUGA